UGUAUCAGUGCCUCUUAUUUACCUUUCUUUACUUCUCCCUUUCUCUCUCUCUCUCGCUGUCUUUUAGGCUUUUAGCCCACCACUUUUUUCUCCAACUUUCCAAGACCUUACAGGCUUUUUCACAAGCCAAAGUAGUCCUUCGUUUCGCUUGGCUUCGCUUUCGCUAAUGUCAGCACGGCAGAAAUAGAGCAGAAGACCAGCUUGUGCCCAAUUCCCACCCAUGCUUGUUGAUGAAGAUCAUGCACAUGACCUCCUGCAGUGGCUUAUCUUCUUCCUCUCCCUUCUUCCCACCAAGCUUCAUUCUCCAGAUGCAGAGUACCAAUUCCGACCACGACCACCUUCCAGUCCCUCCCCUUAAUCCUCAAGACUUUUCUUCCAGAGGGAUGCAGGGGAUUGUGGAGGCUUGCGGGGAAGGGGAGGAGGAGCUGUCCGAUGACUGCUUGCAGGCAGGGGAGAAGAAGAGGAGGCUCAACGUGGAGCAGGUGAGGACACUAGAGAAGAAUUUUGAGCUUGGGAACAAAUUGGAGCCUGAGAGGAAGAUGCAUCUGGCCAGGGCUCUUGGUCUUCAGCCUAGACAAAUUGCGAUCUGGUUUCAGAACAGGAGAGCUAGAUGGAAGACAAAGCAGCUUGAGAAGGAUUAUGAUUUGCUCAAGAGACAAUUUGAUGCCAUCAAGGCAGAUAAUGAUGUCCUCCAGGCUCACAACAAGAAACUACUGGCUGAGAUCCAGGCUCUUAAAGGGAGGGAUGCACCUGAACUGAUAAAUCUGAAUAAGGAAACGGAGGGAUCCUGCAGCAACAGAAGCGAGAAUAGCUCAGAGAUAAACUUGGACAUUUCAAGAACGUCAACCACAGCUGCGAUGGCUGCCUCCGCCUCCGCCUCCGCCGCCACCGCCACCGCUGCCACAGUGGUCUCAGAGAACCCGCACGUAAAUCAUCCCAUACAGAGCAUACCAUUCUUCUCCGUCAUCCGACCGCCGGUGAUCGCCCACCUUCUCCCAACCUCAUCAAGACCUGAUCAUCUCCACUGUACCAAGAUAGAGCACGGCGCCCUGGUCUCUGAUGAAAACUUCGGCAACUUGCUCUGUGGAAUGGACGAUCAAAAUGCCUACUGGCCCUGGCCCGAUCAUCAUAAUCUCCAUUGAUCCAUGCUUUUGCACAUAUAAAUAUUUAUAUAUAUUUAUUUAUAUAGAUAUGCUUUGCUUUGUGGGAGUAAUUGAAGAAGAGUACCUGUUUGAAUUUGAGGUUGGAGCUGAGUGCAUAAAAAGCUCACUGAGAAAAAUUAAGUAGUGCAAAAUAUGUUGGUAUAUUCUCCUUUCCCUCCCAACGUAUUUUCACUUCAUUGCAUAUUGGUACUCUAGAUGUAAAAUAAUUAAUUGUUAUGCGAGUUUUUUUU